AUCGAGUCAUGUAAGAACGGCAACUUGUUCCUUGAAAGAAGAAAAAAAUGGAGUUUCGAUUGACAGUAAAACAAGUCUCUCUGGUCUUACUUUUUCUUUGUUUUCUUAUUCUCAAAUCCGUUAUUGGAGUUGAGAUCCUCUCGAAAUCAAAGUUGGAAAGAUGCGAAAAGGUUUCAGAUUCCGACAUAUUGAAUUGCAGUAAGAAGAUAGUGGUAAACAUGGCGGUUCCCAGUGGAACGAGUGGGGGAGAAGCUUCAAUUGUUGCGGAACUAGUGGAGGUAGAGGACAACACAACCCAAAAGAUGCAUACAGUGCGAAUACCACCUGUUGUGACGAUCAACAAAUCUGCUGCAUAUGCCCUGUACGAGUUAACAUAUAUACGGGAUGUUCCAUAUAAACCUGUGGAAUAUUAUGUUAAGACACGAAAAUGUGAGCCAGAUGCUGAUGCUAGGGUUGUUCAAAUAUGUGAGAGGUUACGAGAUGAAAAUGGUCACAUUAUUGAGCAUAGCCAGCCAAUCUGUUGUCCUUGUGGGCCACAGCACCGUGUACCUUCUUCUUGUGGGAACGUCUUUGAUAAGCUGGUGAAGGGGAAGGCCAACACUGCACACUGUCUCCGAUUUCCAGGUGAUUGGUUCCAUGUUUUUGGUAUUGGAAAGCGUUCUCUAGGGUUUAAUAUUCGAAUCGAAGUGAAAAUCGGAUCUAAAAUAUCAGAGGUGAUUGUUGGGCCUGAAAAAAGAACAGUAUUAUCCACUGACAAUUUUCUAAGAGUCAACCUUAUCGGUGAUUUUGUGGGCUAUACAAGUAUUCCAUCAUUUGAAGACUUCUAUCUAGUAAUCCCAAGGCAGGAUGGUCCAGGUCAACCACAGAACCUAGGAGGGAACUUUUCUAUGUGGAUGCUACUUGAGAGAGUGAGAUUUACGUUGGACGGCCUUGAAUGCAACAAGAUUGGGGUCAGUUAUGAGGCUUAUAAUGGGCAGCCAAACUUUUGCUCUUCACCAUUUUUGAAUUGCUUGCAUAAUCAGUUGUGGACAUAUCGGGAGAAUGAUCAGAUCCGAAUUGGGAGGAACCAGGUGCCUCUUUAUGGUGUGGAAGGAAGGUUUGAAAGGAUAAACCAACAUCCAAAUGCAGGGACACAUUCUUUCUCUAUAGGAAUCACUGAAGCUCUUAAUUCAAAUCUCUUGGUAGAAUUAAGAGCUGAUGACAUAGAGUAUGUCUACCAAAGGAGCCCUGGAAAAAUCUUAGGUGUCACCAUCCCAACAUUUGAAGCCCUUACUCAAUUUGGCACUGCCACGGUUACAACUAAGAACAUUGGAAAAUUAGAAGCAUCAUACAGCUUAACGUUUGAUUGCUCAAGUGGUGUAACCCUCGUGGAGGAACAAUUUUACAUAAUGAAGCCAGAUGAGGUUGCAGUUCGCUCUUUCAAGCUAUACCCAACAACAGAUCAAGCGGCAAAAUAUGUAUGUGCAGCAAUUUUAAAGGACUCUGAUUUUAAUGAAGUGGACAGAGCAGAGUGCCAGUUUACUACUUCAGCUACUGUUCUAGACAAUGGAACUCAGAUUUCUCCCUUUCAACCACCAAAGACAGGUAUAAAUGGCUUCUUUGAAUCUAUCGAAGUUAUAUGGAACAGAUUUUGGGAUGGUUUAGGAGAUUUCUUUUCAGGCAGAACUUGCAGAAGGAAAUGCUCCGGGUUUUUCGACUUCAGUUGCCACAUACAGUAUAUUUGUAUGAGUUGGGUAAUGAUGUUCGGUUUGUUUUUGGCUAUCUUUCCAACAGUGAUUGUGCUUCUUUGGCUUUUACACCAAAAAGGAUUCUUUGACCCAAUUCAUGAGUGGUGGGAUGAUCAAUUUGAGGAGAAGAAGCAAAGAGCUGGAGUGGAUAUGAAGUAUGGUACACGUCUUGGCAGUACUCACAACCAUCUUCGUAGGCAUCACAAGAAGGAAGGCAGGCAUUAUAGUGUACAAAAUAAACAAAGCAGUCAUGUUCGUCAUGAGCUUCACAAGCACAGGCAUGCUGAUUUAGGAACUGAUUAUUACCAUCUUCGCCAUGCUCAUACAGACAGACACAAACUUGAUAGAGGUAAAAAUUCGGGUGGGGGACACUACACAAGGAGGAAAGGAGAUGGUUCGAUGGAUGAAAAACUUGACCACCGCAGGCUCAAAGAAAGAUAUAAAGGGCCAUCAAAAAUUGUCUGA